UAAGACUGGUAGUUAUGUUGUCUUCGCUCACUAAAUGCAUCACACAGCGGUUUACUAGCUACUCUCAGUGUAUCACGCACACCUGAAGUCAUGGCAGGAAAGACCCAGCAGCCCAACGAGUCUGCUGUGAUCCGAAGCCUCAGACGGUUCAGAGACAGCUAUUUUCCAAACAGUGGGAAAGUUGUCAAAGAAGAUUUGACGCGUGUUGUGGACUCGGUAGGAGAGCCUGAACCGGGAUUACUGGAUAGUUUACCGGUGGACGUACAGUUCCUGAUCAUGACCUUUCUGUCUCCGGCGGAUAUCUGCUGCCUGGGAGCUACCAGUCGGUACUGGAGGGACAUGGUUAGAGAUCCGCUACUGUGGAGAUACUUCCUGCUCAGGGACAUGCUAAAUUGGCCCUCCAUUGAUCACGUAAGCAUGCCCCAACUGGAGUUGUUGGACGCACCACUAAUCAAUGAAGAUGAGAGCCUGGACGACAGAGAAGAGUGGGAGGACAAAGGGAUGGAAUUGAAAGUUGACUACAUGUCAGAAUACCUGAAAGGCUGCCCAUCAUGCAGACAACAAUGGCUUCCCUCGCGGCCGGCAUAUGAGGUCGUGACCUCUUUUCUUCAGUCUCUGGUCCUCUCAUCUGAGCCACGUUAUGCCAUGUUUGGCCCCGGCAUGGAGCAGCUGGAUGUCUCUUUGGUCACAAGGUUAAUGCAUGCUCCAGAUGUGCUUCCUGUGUCGGCCAUUCCUCAAAGACAGAUAAAUGGCAUUGGCUCGGGGAUCAGUUACAUUUUCAACAACCAACACAAAUUUAAUAUAUUGACUCUGUACUCAACCAACAAGGCAGAGAGGGAGAAAGCCAGAGUGCAGAAGCAGAGCAUCAGUAAUAAACUGUUUACUUUCGAAGGAACCGAUGACUCAGGCUAUCCAAUCUACAGCCCUGCUCCCCAGGUCCAGCAAGUGUGCCAGGCGGUGGACGGUUUCAUCUAUGUAGCCAAUGCAGAGCCGGGGGCAGUAGGUGAAGGGGAGUCCGAGGCGGCUCAGAUUCGGGCUGUGCUAAGCUCUGCCGAGGGCUCAGCAACCAGGCCUCUGCUGGUGCUCUCAUGUGUCUCCAGAGAAGAAUCGGAAGAAGUCAGGAUCACCAACCCGCAAACUAUUACCAGCAGAACCAGGGCCAGGUGUCGAACUCCCUGCGUCAACAUGGCAAAGAGACUCGGACUACCCCAGCUGGAUAACCCCUGGAUGGUGCAGGAUACAGUAGCAGAAUCCCUAUCAGGACUUCUGGAUGGUGUUUCCUGGUUGCUGAGAUGUUCUGGAGUCAAACUCUAGGGUAGCUAGUCAUCAAACUUCUGCUGGCUGCCAGAGAAAUGAAAACCACUAAUUUCUUCACAGGGUCAUUCUGACACCACAACACGCUACGGCAUUUGCUGAGUAAUGUAUGCCACAUGUGCACUGAAUGUCUCAGGAUUGGAGCAUUGCCUGUUGGAUUGUGGAUCAGCACUGACUGGCUGUGGAUCAGCACUGACUGGCUGUUACUCAUUUGGGAGAACUGAAAGAAAGCUUAUUUACAGAGAGAGCUAUAUGAAGUAGCAAUAGCAGGGCAGGAGGUUAUACAUUUGUCUGGGAGCUUCACAGUCGCCUCACAAAAGAGAUUUGUUAAAACAUACAACUGCACAACCGUACCAACAGACAAUUACAGACAACACUACACACUCAGGUCCAUUCAGCUGUUUGAGUUACAGGAAAUUAAGUUGUUGUAGAAAGAGGAACACUGCUUGUUCAAUGACACAGGCAUGAAAACACAGAACUAUCAAUUUAUUACCACCUUUUUAUCAUGACACAAGUUUACGAUUGGUGAGCUGCUGAUUAAUCAGGUUGCCAAGUGUUCAGUUCAACAUGUGAAAGAUAUUCAUGAUUUCAUGAUUUGACAUUCAUUCAACCUCAGACAAAAUCCACUGCCCUCUGAUGAAUGCUUAACUUUCAUUUACGUAAGGAUAUGACUUUACAGCUAAACUAUAAUACAAGCAAUUGAAUAAAUGAAGUUUAUUUUAAAUAUUUAAUGUAGUUUUUUGAGAAAUGGCAAAUACUAUUGUGAUUUGUAAAAUUAGAAAUAAAUAUAUAU